AUGACGAUAAAAAUAUUCUUGGGCAACCUCAGCUCAGACACCACAGCGGAAAAAAUUCGUCCUCUGUUUGAAAAAUAUGGUGAAGUCGUGGAAUGUGAUGUUCUGAAGAACUUUGGAUUUGUUCACAUGGUGGACAAAAAUGAUGCCAACAAGGCCAUUGCCCAGCUUGAUGGUCACAGCAUUGAUGGAAACAACAUUCGUGUAGAGCUAUCGACCGGAAAGAAAGGUGGAGGCGGCGGUGGCGGGAAAUUCGACAAGAAAGGAUUUCAAGGUGGCCCUGGCAGAUCUCGACCUUAUGGUCUUCCACCUGGUCGUGGAGAUGCACGGGAUUAUGGUCGCUAUGACUACCCACCUGUGCCUCCAGCAGCCUAUGAUCGCUACGAUCCUUACUACCGCUACUACAUGGAGAGGGAGGCAUAUUAUGCCCGGUUGGGACCUGUGCCCGGAGACAGGGGAUACCCAUCCGCAGGUGCUCGUGACAGAUACCCCCCAUUGCCAAGGGACCGCUUGUCAGAGCGUUUCCCACCAGACCCCAGAGACAGAAUUCCCCCUCCCAGACCAUAUCUGGAUGAGCGUGCCCGGGGUCUGGCAGAUCCUUACUUUAGGGAGAGGGAUCCCUUGGCUUCUAGACCACCACCAGAGUACUACGACAGCAGGAAAGCACUAGCUGGAGGACGAACAGAUUCACUUGGUGGCUCCGGCGCAGCAUCUGGCAGGAACGCUCCCUCUGGUGGUUAUGGGAAUGGAGUCGGUGGCGACUACUACCGUGGACUUGACAGGCCUGGUGCGGGCAUUGGAGGAGCUUCUGGAGGGUCUGCUGGUGUUGGAGGAUCCGAUUAUUUCCGGCAGAGUGGAGCAGCACAAAGUGGAUACGGACGGCCAGGAAUGGGUGGACUUGGUGGUAAAGCUGGGGACAGUCAGUCUUCGUUUGCUCAAGAUCCUAUUUUCUUUUAG